UGGACUCUUUCUACCUCACCCCGCUAGUGUGUCCUCCGGCCCGAGGGCCCUCCCCACAACUAUAAAGGUGGCAGCGCCGGCCGGUUGAGCUCACUUGCCGGACAGACCGGGUGGCAGAGGGACGCGGCCGUGGCGGGCGACCGCUCCGGGCUCCCCGACGCGCUCCAGCCGCAGCCCCGCGCUCUCCCCGCGCCGCCGCCCGCUGCCGGCCCGAGCGCCCGCGCCGCCGCUCCCUGCUCCCGGAGGGAAGGACAAUGGAGGCGCGACGCGCGGGCAGCGUCCCCGCGCUGCUGCUGUGCCUGGGUUGCCAUCUUCUCCAAGCAGUUUUCGGCACCACCGUGAUUCCUUCAUGCAUCCCAGGAGAAUCCGAAGAUAACUGUACAGCUUUAGUUCAGACAGAAGACAAUCCACGUGUGGCUCAAGUGUCAAUAACAAAGUGUGGCUCUGACAUGAAUGGCUUCUGUUUGCAUGGACAGUGCAUCUACCUGGUGGACAUGAGUGAAAAUUAUUGCAGGUGUGAAGUGGGUUACACUGGGGUCCGCUGCGAGCACUUCUUUUUAACCGUCCAACAGCCCUUGAGCAAAGAAUAUGUCGCUUUGACUGUGAUUCUCGUUUUCUUGUUUCUCGUCAUCGUUGCCGGUUCCAUGUACUACUUCUGCAGAUGGUACAGAAAUCAAAAGAGUAAAGAACCAAAGAAGGAAUACGAAAGGGUGACGUCAGGGGAUCCAGCAUUGCCACAAGUCUGAAUGCUGCCGUCCAGCUAUGGGCAGGGAUGCGCAGCGUGCCUGAUUAUGUUAAUAUUCCUAUUUUAUUAAUAAUAUUUAUGUUGGAACAUGUGUUAAGUCAACAAUGGUGCAUUUUUAAUAUACUUGGAAAAGUUUUUUUAUUUUUGUUUUAUUUUUGACAGACUAUUUGCUAAUGUAUAAUGUAUACAAAAUAUAUAAUAUAGAAAGAAGUCCUAUUUUUGUAAGAAAUAAUUUCCUGGGCCAAAUGCUUUAGCUUCAAAGCUCAUUUGCCAGCUACACAAUGCUUAGGAGUGAGCGAUGUCCAGUUCAUCACUCAGGAAGGGUCAGCAAAUGACAGAUUCCUGUUAAGCCUAAAUAUAUAUGGUCAAAUCGAGUGAAUAUUUUCCUACUCCUCACAUGAGCGAUAAUUGAUUUGACUGUAUCACAGUUUGAUGUAUGGCGUGGCACCACUGUGUCAUGUGUUAAAACACUAAUGCAAUGGGAAUUGGGGAGAAGCGAGUCUAUAUCAUGUGCUAAGCACUACACGCGGGGAGCAAAGUAGACCCAGGAGGGCUGUAUCCUUCAGUCCCUACCCUCAGCUCUGAUUCCAUGGUGACUGGCCUGGAGGGCAAGUGGACAGUGCCCUCUGCCAGCUCACAACUCCUGUGGACACGAGUCACCCAGCUGCAGAUUCUUCUUGCAUUAAAGGAAUUGACAACUUCAUUUUAUGCCAUCUUUUAUGUAAAUAGUAGGUGUUUUCUAGCUUCACGAUGUUUCUUGAGAAACAUAUGUUCAUGAGAAAAUU